GAGAUCAACCGACAUGUCGAGUAGAAUUAUAUGGACCAGGCGCGGCGGUCGUGGUCUCGUACAUUAGAGUUCAGAAGACGACAUGUCGACAAAAAGGCAGAUUCGGUGACCUCGUAUGGAUUUUGAGUUGGUGCGGAAGGAGGAGCCCUAAUUGCAGAGAUUCGCCAGCUUCCGAGUUAGAAGCUCAAAGGGCCAAAGGAAGAUGGGGAAGAAACAGCACAGUAAAGACCGACUUUUUAUUACGAAAACUGAAUGGGCCACCGAAUGGGGUGGCGCCAAAUCCAAGGGCUCUCAAACCCCUUUCAAACGGCUUCCUUUCUAUUGCUGCGCGCUUACAUUUACACCCUUUGAGGAUCCUGUAUGUACUGCCGAUGGCAGCGUGUUCGAGAUUAUGAAUAUCAUCCCUUAUAUACGGAAGUAUGGGAAAAAUCCUGUUACUGGAGCUGCCCUGAAGCAGGAGGAACUAAUUCCGCUGACUUUCCAUAAGAAUUCUGAAGGCGAGUUUCAAUGUCCUGUACUAAACAAAGUUUUUACGGAGUUCACUCACAUAGUUGCUAUAAAGACCACUGGAAAUGUCUUCUGCUAUGAGGCAGUUAAAGAAUUAAAUAUCAAAACGAAAAACUGGAAGGAACUUCUCACCGAUGAACCAUUUUGUAGGGAAGAUAUUAUAACCAUUCAGAACCCUACUGCGCUUGAUAGUAAGGUUCUCCUGGAUUUUGAUCACGUGAAAAAUAGCCUGAAAGUUGAUGAUGAAGAACUUCAGAAAAUGAAAUCAGAUCCAACAUAUAACAUAAAUGUGUCGGGGGACAUCAAGCAGAUGCUUCAGGAACUUGGAACCGAAAAAGGAAGGCAAACUGCACUUCAUGGGGGAGGUGGUGGCAAAGCACAAAAAGAAAGGGCGGCUGCACUUGCUGCAAUUUUAGCAGCUAGGUCGCGCAUUAAAGAGGAUUCCAAAGAGAAUGGAAAAGGAGAGGAUAAACCUAAGCAGGGAUUUAGUAUUGUGGAUGCUGCAUCUGCCUCAGUGCAUGGAAGAAGUGCAGCUGCUGCAAAAGCUGCACCAAGUGAAAAAACUGCUGCUCGAAUUGCGAUGCACAUGGCGGGUGAGAGGGCACCAGUAAAUGCUAAGAUGGUAAAGAGUCGUUACACUACUGGUGCUGCAUCCCGGUCCUUCACAUCUACAUCUUAUGAUCCUGUUACAAAGAAUGAACAUGAAUAUAUCAAGGUCGAGAAAAAUCCAAAGAAGAAAGGAUAUGUACAGUUGCAUACAACACAUGGAGAUUUGAAUAUUGAACUACAUUGUGAUAUUGCACCAAGGGCAUGUGAGAAUUUCAUUACACUUUGUGAAAAUGGUUACUACAAUGGAGUUGCUUUCCAUAGAAAUAUUAGGAAUUUUAUGAUUCAAGGUGGUGAUCCAACUGGUACUGGGAGAGGCGGUGAAUCUAUAUGGGGAAAGCCCUUCAAAGAUGAGCUUAACUCCAAGCUGGUUCAUUCUGGACGGGGCGUUGUCAGUAUGGCAAAUAGUGGUCCCCACACUAAUGGUUCCCAGUUUUUUAUUCUUUACAAAUCUGCCAAUCACUUAAACUUCAAGCAUACUGUAUUUGGCAGUGUUGUUGGUGGGUUGACUGCUUUGGCAGCAAUGGAAAAGGUUCCCGUUGAUGACAACGAUCGGCCCCUGGAAGAGAUCAAGAUAACAAACGUCACAGUUUUUGUGAAUCCAUAUUCAGAACCUGAUGAAGAGGAAGAAAAGCAGAAAGACGAAAAGAAUGUGGAUGAUGAAGAAAACGAUAAGGUUGGGUCAUGGUAUAGUAACCCUGGCACCGGUGUAGCUGAAGACGGAGCUGCUGGUGGCGGUGUAGGGAAAUAUUUGAAAGCAAGGAAUGCCCAAUCCAAGCCCCCUGCUGUUGAUGCUACUCUAAAACAAAAUACCUCAACCAAGAAAGCUACUCUAAAACAAAAUACCUCAACCAAGAAAAGGACAGCUGCAGGAGAAUUCAAAGACUUCUCUUCGUGGUAAGAGUCCCAUGAUUGCCAAUUUAGAAAAGGGCGUAUAUUUUUCAUCUAGGCCUUGAGUCACUGUUCUCUUUGGUGUUAAAAUCAUACAAGUUAUUGAAAAGGGGAGUGUAAAAAAGGGUCCUUUUGACCUUUUGAGUAGAGGAAUCCAUACAUUACCGACCACAAAAGUUCAUUUCACAAACUCUUCAGUUGUAGAUUAUGCCCCCUACCCCCGGACUCCUCCAAAACCCAAAGAGAAAGGAGAGAGAAAAAGGGAUUUAAAGCAGAAUUCAGAUAUGAGUCCUCUUUAUCCGACAGUGCUGUAAAAAUCAACUGCCAGAUGCAAGAAAUGCUCCUCGUCUUCCAAAAUUAUUUGUUUUCCAAAGCUGUUUUCUCCUGUUCAACGUAUGGGUCUGGAAGUAAAGAGAGAACUGUCAAAAAAUAGUCUGCCUGUUGUGAGUUAGUGAAGGAGGAGCACUUAAAACUUCUCCAAUUAGUCAUGUUUGGAUGAAUGAAUACUUUUCUAGAGAGAUCUAUAUUUCCACCGUACCCAACACUGCUAAAUUAUUUUGUUCACAACUUUGCUGUUGAUUCCGUGGAAUCUUACUUUGGUCA